UUUUGUUCAAAUAUCCAACAAACGUUAUUUGUUCAAAAACUAGCCCAGCAUUUCUUAUCUAUUUCCCCCCACUCAAUCAUUGCAUCCAAACUCAACUGAUCAUUUCCAUGGCACCUCUCAUCCUCUAUUUUCUCAUUCUCUUCACCACCUCCAUAACUUCAUCAUCAGCAAGACUCGCUGAUCCAACUCCAACUACAUGGCCAGAGCAAUUCCACUCCACCAUAAUCUGGCAAAGCGAAAACAAAACUCAACUCGACACACUGGAGUUAUGGUACGACUGGACUAACGGUGUUAGCAUGAGCAUAGUUCAGAGACAGUUAGGAAAGCUUCUUUACGGUCCCGAAUGGAGCAACGGCACGAGUUUUCGCUUUACGGUGGAUUCAAGUAAAGAAUGUUCAGUUCUGCAGGGGGGAAUGGUCAGGCCGGAUUGGUUCCGGGGGGCAAAGUACGUUGGACAAGUGUAUAUGGAUGACUUUUUAUGUAACGCCUGGAUCGUAGAUGGGUUUAUGAUGUACUACGAGGAAGUUGCUUAUAAAAGACCGGUUGCUUGGAAAUCUUUGGAAGGACAAGGAACUGAACACGUGAUGACAUUUGAAGUGGGGAAAGUGCUUGACCAUAGCUACUGGCAAGCACCUGUGUACUGUUUCAAUGAUUCUGGCGAGCUGAAGAAGAAAGGAAUGGAUAAAAAGAGAUUUGGUAUAUAUAGAAUCUAAUUUUAACGAUCAAUCACUUGCAAUGUAUCUUACCACGUAUGUGGUUCAUAUAUAGUUUAUGCAUCUGUGUGUGCUGUAUGUAAUAAGAAAGAUCAUCGAAUUGGCCGAAUCAUUAGGUUCGGACUCUAUGAUCCGUCGUGUAUAGGCAAAAUCUCAUAUAUGCCACUAAAUUAACAAAAGAACAUGUAGAAAAUGAUUCUUGAUAUAUGAUCUUAUAAUUUUUU